CAGAAAGGAGUUCGGCUUUUGGCGUUUUGCCAAAAUUUGCAUUCAAUUCAAACGCAAACCGUCAAGUGUCGAACGCUCGUAGACUUGUCAAACGCUCGACUAUGAACAAUCUCCUCACCACCAAACACCAAUUCGCACCCCAAAAAAACCCUAAAAUCCACCUCCCGUCUUCCCUCUCCCCCUUCCUCGAACCCUAGGGUUACCGUUAACCAAUAAUCCAGUCCAAUCCAAUCCCCCACCCGCAAAUGCGAGUCCAAUGGCAAUGAGGCGAGACGAACCAGAACUCGAGAGGCGACUCUGCGGCGUCUGCGGCUUCUCCGAACGGUGGUUCCUCCACUACAUCCGUCACAAAGGGGCGUUUCAGAGGCUCUGCACCAACUGCGUCCUCCAAAACUACCGAGACCUCUACUGCCCUCUCUGUCUCGACUUCUUCGACCAACCGCUUCCGGCACGUGACCGUGUCAUGUGCGUCAAGUGCCCUUCCGUUUCUCACUCCGCCUGCGUCCUCGUCGCUAAUUCCUCCUUCCAUGGCUUCGAGUGCCGUACCUGCCCACAGGGCUACCCCUUCUUCACCCUCAAUCGCCCCCAAAACGACGCCAACGACGCCAAAACGGCAUUCGUCAUCGACAAGGCCAACGCCAAGGCCCUCGUCGCCGCCGCCAAAAUUGCGGCGGCUUCAAUGGCGAAAGCCGCCAUCUUGGCCAGGACCGACUCCGAGCGCCGCGUCAGGGAGGCCGUGUUGGCGAAGAAGAAGGCGAGGGAGGCAUUGGAGAAACUCAGUUCUCUUGUUAACAAGCAGAAGCAGCAGGAUUCGAAAGCUGGAGAUGUUUCGGGGCCUGAGAGCCUCAACGGGAAGCCGAAAUUGGAGAGUUCUGGUGGAAUUCCAGCGGCGCCCAAGAUUGUUAAGGCUGAGGGAAGUAAUGGGUUGGUUGGUGAUCGAUUAAAAAUCAGUAAUGUUGACGCCAUGGAAGAAUGAUCUCAAAUCAAGGGAAGGAUUUUGAGCUUGAUGAGUUCAUGGGUUUCCUUUCAGCUCUUCGGCUUCCGCUUGAGCUGCUACACAGCCUCUCUCAACCUGUGAGUCUCUCUGUUAGUUGCAGUUGGUUCUUUUUCGUAAUUUAUGUGCAGCAGCCUGGAAACUUUUAGGGAGAUCUCGUAGAUCAGAUUGUUGUUGUGUACUCGUAUUUACUUUUCCAUACAGUUUUGUGUAGCUGAAUUUCGAUGUGGUGACGAUUCUCUGUGCCUCUCUGUAUCUACAUUGUUCUUCCUUUUCAUGCUCAGAAACUGCAUUUUUCCAAUUUCAAAAGCGAAAUUUUGUGGUUCAUUAAGCUUUAUCCAAUCCAGUUUGUGUGAUGA